AUGGCGUCGAAUAACGGUUCUUUAAAACCUUUGAGAAGAUGGAGUAUGCCAAUGCCUCUCACUUUCUCUGAGCUGAGGAUCGUGCUACUGGGUACAAAUAUUCAUUACACCAACAAAUUAGCAAACAUCCUCCUGGGAAGAGAAGCAUUUCAGACUGAAGCUCCUUCAUAUUUAAUAGAUCAUCACUGUGAGAGAGUUAGUGGACGGGUGGAGGGAAGAACCAUCACCAUCAUCAAUGCACCUCACCUAAAUAAUCCCAAACUCUCUCAGAAGGAACUGAUACAGAAAGUGAAAGAGUGCAUCACACUCUCAGAUCCUGGACCUCAUGUGUUCUUACUGGUGCUCCAGUCCCAAAACCUCACAAAGGAGUACAAUGACAGAAUCAUAAGCACCCUGUACUCAUACAUCCCACAGUCUAUAAACCGCUUAUUAUUAGUAACUACAGCUGAAGAGCAUGGAUUCUUCUCCACAUGUAUCAGUGAAUGUGAGAUGAAACACUACAGAAUUGUGAAUCUAUCACCAUUUAAUAAACAUCAAGUUCUGCAGCUUCUGAAGAAGAUAGAUGUGAUGGUAACUGAGAAUGGAGGAGAUCACAUGACCUGCACAGUUAAUGAACCACAAGAGAGGAAGAACCUGGGAUUACCAAGACCACAAGACCAGCAUUAUUCAUUAGAAACUACAUCCACUGAUCCAGCUGUAAAGAGAAAACAGCUGGUGCAGAGUAGAGUGUGUGAGCUAAGGAUUGUUCUACUGGGAAAGCAUCUUUCAGACACAAGCACAGUGGGAAACUUCAUCCUGGGCAGAGAUGCAUUUCAAACUGAAGUUCCUCCACAUUCUGUAGAUCUGCACAGUGAGAGGGCCAGAGGAGAUGUUGAAGGAAGAUAUAUCACCAUAAUCAAUUCUCCUCAUCUUUUUAAGCAGAACUUCUCACAUCAUCAGCUAAACCUGCAUAUUAAAGAGUGUAAACAUCUGGCUGAUCCUGGACCUCAUGUGAUCAUCCUGGUUGUGCAGCCAGAUGAUUUUACUGAAGCAGACAGAAACAGAAUGAAUAGUAUCUUCUCAGCUGUAUCUGAUGAGGUCUAUAGACACUCCAUGGUGCUCAGUAUGGAAACCAUGGAACUGGGCACCAGUGUAGAUCCACCUGAGGAGACUGCAGUGCAUGAGAUCACUGCUGACUGCAACAAGAGACAUUUAGUGUUUAACAGAUGCAGUCGUGAUGAUCUUUUGCAGAUGAUUGAUGUGAUGAUGGUUAAUAUGAAUAAUGAGAGCCUUAACUGGGAGGAAUUUCACGAUCCUCUAAGCGAUUUAAAGACAAAUAAACAACAUGCAGGCUUAGAAGAACAUAGAGAAGAGCAAGUUCAAACCAAACAGCUAGAGAAUAAAGACACAACUGAUCUGGAGGAGAAAGAGAGUAAGAGUACUGUAGAUCAGCACAGUGCAAGUGCUACCUUCAUCAACCCACCUGUUCUCUAUGAUCCAGAACUUUCUCAAGAGGAAGCGAUUCAGAGUGUGGAAGAGUGUCUGUCUCGUUCUCAUCCAGGACCUCAUGUGUUUAUAAUUCUGGUACGAUCAAACAGCUUUACAGAGGAGGAACGAAUGCGCCUGAUCUCCAUACUGAACUGCUUCAGUGACAAAGCUCUACACUAUUCCAUUCUGAUCAGUACAGACAGUAAGGGUGGUAGUUUGAAGGGAAUGUCUGGUGCUUUUCAGAAGCUAAAGGAAAUCUGUCCUAUGAAGUAUCAGAAACUUAAAGAGUUACAGAAGAAUGAAAAAAAUGUUUGCUGGCUUUUUGAGGGCAUGAAAAUAAUGGUUAAAAAUAAUGGAGGCCAUCUCACAUGUGAAAGUGCUAAAAUGUGA